AUGGGUAGGCUGAUUGAACCUUUCCAAAGGGGUGAAACGCCCACAUUCACCACACAUGUUCGGGCUGGUCUUCGGGCGUUGGCGGACGAUCCGUAUGGACUGCUGGUGUUUUCGGGAGGUCCAACAAAGAAAGACAGAACGGACAUAGCAGAAGGCGCCUCAUAUCAUAAUUUGGCCAAAGACAAUGAUUACUUCUCUUAUUCUUCCGGGAUAGAUCCUGACCGAGUCAUAGCCGAAACCAACGCUACAGACUCCUAUCAGAAUGUGCUUUUCUCUCUGCUCAGAUUCAGAUCGUACAUCGGAACGUUUCCGAGAAAAAUCACUGUCGUUACGCACGAGUUCAAGCGCCAGCGGUUCAUGGACUGUCAUUUUCCGGCUCUCGGGUUGAGGACGUCCUUCAGUGAGAGUGGGGGACAAGCUUCGUGCUCUGGAACUGUCGUUGGGAUCAAUCCUCCGGAAGAAGUAACGCCCCUGGCAUCGUUGAUAUCAGGGGAAGAGAAGAGUGGAAUCGGUUUGUGGAGACGGGAUCCGUAUGGUGUCGGCGAGGAGCUGGCAGCGAAGAGGGUCAAACGAGGAUGGAAGCCUGGCAUGGAAGACGAACUAUUUGUUGAUAUGGAGUUGGAGGAAGUCGUUGAGGAGCUUAUUCGUUGGCAUGGCGGAGUGAACGGCAAAGAGUUGUUUCCGAAGCUGGAUCAGCUACCUUGGUAUUGA